CCUGCCAAGGCACUUUCCAACCCAGGUUUUCUCCUGCUCGACCCGUUCUCCUCCUCCUCUUCCUCCUUCUCCCUUCUUUAUUCAAAUCUUCUUUAAUCAUGCCUUCAAACGAAAAAUUGGACCCUGAAAAACUUUCAGUGGAUGAUAAUGAGAGAUAUACAGAUUCUGACCGUGACAAGGAUAAAUCUCACAAGUCAAAGUCUUCUUCAAAGUCCAAAGAUCUCUCCCAUGUACCUUGUAAAUUCUUCAAGGUUGGCGCUUGCACAGCAGGCUCUUCUUGUCCCUUCUCCCAUAACGUCCAAGAGCCUGGUCAGCAGAAGGACGUCUGCGCAUGGUUCGUCAAGGGGAACUGCAAGUUUGGCCACAAGUGUGCCUUAGCCCACGUUCUUCCAGGCCAGAGUAUGUCUAUGGACAGGAAAAAUAAGAAGUCGGCCCAGCUCGCUGCCAACGCUGCGGGAGGUGCUGGUCCAAAGGAUAGCUCAAAGGCAGGGAGGAGUGCCAGGAAAGAUCCUAAUGCGCACAAUGGCUCAGGAGUCGCUUCUCCUCCAGGCAAUGUUCGUGGAGGGCUUCUUUCCGGCUCCACAGCUCCCACAAGGACUCUCAGCGCUUCCUCUCGUCCCCCAAUUUCCAUGCCGUUAAAGGCCACAAUUUCCCCAUCCGCCCCUGCCCCACCCCUCAAAGAUACCGAUUUCGCCUCAUUUUCCCUUCCAGAUGACACAGAAAAGUUGCCAGCAACGCCUCUCCAGAGGCGACAUACCCCUCCCUUCGAACCCGAGUCACCAGCACCCGCUCAAGAUAGCGAGUUUAAGGAAGACAGCAAAAAUCACUCCCCACCAACACUCCCUCUCAGCAUGCCUAGCACGCGACGUUCGGGUCUAUCACAUCGCCCUACAGAUUCUGCAGAUCUUGGCCCCAUUGGUUCCCCGCCACGUGGCUCUCUUCCCCGUACUGGACCCGCUAAUGGAUUUUCACCUGCUACAUCGCCUACUGCUGCUCAAGCAAUCUCCUCCACGCUACCCGCUCAGUCUCAAACUGUAUUCCAGUCCUAUGAUGCCAAACCCUCCAUACUGGAUACGAAACAUCGCUCCGGUCUCGCCGCAUCUCUCGGCACGUGGAAGACGGAACUUGGUCCUGUCCCUUCGCAAGUUGUCAACCGUGGGGACGGUAGUCUCAAUAUGCGUGGUCUCGACCACGAGGUUGCUGUAGAGGACGAAGAUCUCGAGGAGUUCCUGCCAAGCUCCCUUAAUGAUCUUUUGACCCCCGAGGAACGUUCUCGCAGAAUGUCGCGUACAAACUCUGUUCGCCCUGCUCAGGUCCACAACAAUGGUCUCGGCCUUGACCCUCCCUUCCUCACUGCGCAUUCGCAAGCGGAAGGCUCUCGCCACCAUUAUUCACGUUCCGUGCCUGCUACCUCGCUCCUCGGCGAUGUAAAGUCUAUUUGGGCAGAGCGGACCGGCGGGCUUCCUGGCUCUCCUGACACAUCACAUGCAUUCAAUCUCGCAGUUGGAACACCUAGUUCAUUCAAAUCCUCGAGCGGCUUCGGAGGACGCUCCUUUACUAAUGAAGACGUGAAUCCAUCUUCUUCCCUUCUUUCUCCAUCCAAUGCUUCUGCCGCUUUUCUGCCUUCUUUGCACCAGUAUUACCUUAACUCAAAGCCAAGUGGCAUCCAGCGUUCUACUUCUGGUCUCGGCCGACCUGCUGGAUCCCCCCUACAACCACCCACCCCCCAGAACCCACCCCCGACCUCAUUCUCUCCCCCGCGGAUCAGCUCUCUCGGUGGCCAUCGCACACCGUUUGACGAACACGCAUCUGGACGCCCCAUUCCAUUUGGUGAGGGUGAGGAGCGCCCAGCUGCUAUUUCCCCCUCCAUCCGGGCUCUGCAGGCACAUGCACCGGGGCAGAGUUUGCCGCAGGGGCUUGCGGCAGGUUACUCUCGCAUUCAUGCACUCCCGAUGACAAUGUCACCUUCCUCGGCCGCAGCCUUCAGCCCUAGCUCCAACAACAACCCAUACAGCCUUAACCAGGACUGGGUCGGGGGCUCCGCGAGCCAGGCGGACCAUCUGUUCGCUGCAGAUGCGGGAGGCGUGCCUCUCUCGAGCUCGAUGGCGGGCCUGGAGUCGAUGUUCUCGCGCCUGUCAUACUCUGCUGCGGCGACGUCGCGGUCGCCGCUGAACAACACCGGCCUGGCGCAUUCACCAACUCAAGGCUCGCCGCUGGGUGUGCAGCGUGGCCCUCCUGGCAACCGGAACUGGCACGCGCAGAGCCCGUUGAGCAAGCCCGUUGUUACGGCGGAUGAUGAUGAGCUGUUCAGUAUGGAUGGAUGAGUACUAAGCUGCGCGUAGAAGUAAAAACCGCGCCUCUGCUUUGGUUUCAGGGACGCCAUACCUCACUCUCUUGUUGUAUUGCAUGGUGUAUGUAUGUGUGGGGGCCGUCAGAUGCAUCUACGUAAAAUAUAUUUAUACCACCUCUCUAAUCAUCGGUUCAGGUCGUGAUGUCAAAGUUAUUGAUGUUUUUGC